AGUUACGCUAUAAUGUUUUUUUUUUAAUUAUUAAUUUAACUGAGUUAAUUAUUUGAAUUGAAUUAUCAGAUGGGAUACGUGCAACAUUUGCCAGACACGACAGUCAAUGAAUUGAACUGGUCGAUGCUGGAGAGAGAUAUUCCCCCGUUUAAAACAACAGCGAUUUACACGUGUCUGCUUAAUAAAAUAAAACGCGUUGGUAAGAAAAAAAAUAAACUCAACAAAAGCAACAACAGUUUGAAUGACAACGGAAGUAAGGAGGAAGCAAAAGGAGCCAAAACUCCAGUAAAAACUGAAAAACUAUUAAGCAGCCAGCAGCGUGAUAAUUAUAUUAAUAAUAUAAAUGGUAAAUUAAAUCGCACGAGAUUAAAUGAUCCCAAUGUCACUAAAGUACGGCCUGAUGAAGUUAUCGAAGUCGAAACUGAUGGUGAUAAUGAGAACAAAGCUGAGCUUGAUAAUUUACGUAGAUUAAUAAAAUCUGUUUACAAAGAAAAUGGUCAUAAGCCGAUAAAUUAUUUCAGGCUUGCAUUAGAUCCCGGUGACUUUGGUAAAACUGUUGAGAAUAUGUUACAUCUUGCUUUCUUGGCCAAAGAUGCUUUUUUAAUUUUUAGAAAAGGUAAUUAAUAAUAAGUAUUAUCAAGCUCCUAUAUUAUGUAAUUUAUUUUCACCCUUUAAAUUAUACCUCAGGUAAAAGACCUAGUACCCAAUCAGGGAACUAGUACUCGAUCACUCCAUGAAUUUGUACAUCGGUAUUUAGUAAAAAUAAAUAUACAAAUUUCGGAGUGAUCAG